UCCGUGUGCAUGUCUAUGGAGUUGAUGUAAACAAAAUCUUAACCUUACAUUUUAUAGUCGAAGCGAAAAUAAUAAUACAAUUUAAUUGAUACCGUUAGUCGUAUCCUUUUGAAAUAUUUGAGUGAAAUUAGGAAUUAUGAUAUUACUAUGUGGUUUACUAUGUGUGAACAGUGCAAUUUGUGUCAUCUAGGUUUAUGAGUAACUAUACUAUUUGAAAGGUUCCUGACCUAGAGAUCUUUUAUCUGCAGUAAUACAUUAUUUAGAAGCACACAUUGUGCCUGUAAGUGCCAUUGAGAAAUGGAUGAAAUUGAGGGAUCACGGGUGGACUUUGGUUUGUUGACGAAAGACAAUUAUCUAUACAUCCGUAACAGAAGCGUGAAUGGAAAAUUGUACCUAAAAUGCCGUGAGAAGACCUGUGGAUGCACUGCCCAAUGGGAGCCAGCUCGGGAUAGGUUUUUCAUCAACAUUCCACAUAAUCAUGAUGCAAAUUCUAUUGACGUUGAGGUACUCAAACUCAAGGCAGAACUGAAAAAUCUAAUCCGCAGAGGUGAAAGGCCUUACAGAAAAGUCUUUGAAGAAGUAUGUGCAAAAUACUCCCAGGAUGCAACUGACAGAGUAGCUCUUUACCGCAAUACAUUGAGGAAACAUCGCUUUCAAGUAAACAGAAGGAAAAAGCAACUGAUGCCAGAUUUUCAGGCCAAAGUUCAUGGUGUUAACCAGAGCCCAUCAAGCUUAAAGUUAAUGGAUGUCUUACACAAAGGUGAAGUGCAAUCAGAACAUCAAGAAACAUUUACACAGGUUGCAGAUACAGAUGAUGAUGAUACAUUUAAUGAAGAGGAAGCUAGAAACUAUGAAACGAUAGGAGAGACGACAGUGACUGACAACAUUGAAACACCUCCCAAUGAGAGUGAAUCUGUAAUCACUGAGAUAUUAAAAGAGGCAGAGGUAUCGAUAGUAGAUCAGUCGCAACCGAUCAGAGAUCAAGAAGAUCGUUUAAACAUCAUGAAGCGUAGUUUCAAUUUGCAAGGGGUUUCCAAACAGGUGGCUGAGGAUAACGAGAAACUUUUUUGUGAACCAAUAGUAAAACUGAAAAAAUUGAAAAUGUCUCUGUCUAAAGAGAAACCAAGAGAAGCAAGUUGUCAUGUGACAGGGUCGGAGUGUGUGGUGAGUGAACUUCGUAAAAUAAUAGAUAAAAGGCAACUACUAGUUUAGAUGAUAGUUUUGAUC